AUGUCAAACCCGUUCCACUCGGUUCCACCAGCUGAUCGGGUUUUUGUAAUUAAAUAUCAAAAUUCUAGUUGUUCCUUCUAGUGAAUCGUCGAGAGCAUUCUGAGACCAUGGAGGGUGCUCCACUGAUGAGAAAAGACGACCCACCACCUCCAUACUCUGUAGCAACUGCUCCUCAAGCCAAUACCUCGUGGCAACCACCACCUGGGUAUUAUCCGAGCUCUGGUGCUCCCUAUCAGGGCUCAUCGGUGCCGUCGUAUGGAACAACAACAACAACAACAACUGUCAUUGUGCCGGAGAUUAUACUGGUCGGAGCCUGUCCUGCUUGCAGAGUCGGAGUUCUCGAGGACGAUUACACGUGCCUAGGUAUCUUUUGCGCGAUAUUCUUCUUCCCCCUGGGAAUCCUCUGCUGUCUACUCCUGAAAAAUCGACGUUGUUCUCACUGCGGCGCGUAUUUCGGCUAAUUUUCCAGAGUAAAUCCUCUCUAAAUAAUAAUAAAAAAUGGGCAUCUAGCGAGUUGCACUCAACAACUCGAGACAAUAACCAAGAGGUCAGACUAUCAGAUUCUGCUAAUCACUCAAUCGUCUCCUGUUGUUGAGCAAUUAAUCAUGUAGCAAAGUCUCAGAACGAGAUUAGCAUAAUUCCACACCCGGUUUUCUGCGAAUAUCUCUGAAUCUGAGAGAGAUACAAAAAUUUUCGUUAAAAUCUUUUUUAUGGGGAAAAACCAGAGCUACAAAAAAGGUCGAGACGAAAAUUUUUGUAUCUCCUCCAGAUUCUGAGAUAUUCAUGAAAAACCAUAAACGUUUAGUGGUUGUAUUUGUUAUCCUUUAGAUAAAAAUUUUAUUGCAACUGAGUUGUUACAUUAGUUUUACAAAGUUUAUAAUAUCGUGAAAAACAUCUUAGGAAUUUCGAAGAUGUUGAACAAUUAUCAUGGGUGCAGGCCAAUAAUUACACUCAACAAUCAUCCGCGUAUAAUUAAAUCCAAUUCCUCGGAUAUAAGUUUCAAGGUAGUGAGACUCAUUCAAUAUAAUUUUUUUCCUCAAUAAUUAAUCGUUAUGGAUCAGGAAUUUUCACGCUCUCUUACGUCAAAUAUUUGAAUUCAUGUGGAAAUAACUGAUAUAAUAAUUGAAAUGUAAACAUUCUCCCUGUCAGAAGUGGAAAUAUUCCAUUGAUUAAUUUCAUUGCGGAAUGAAAAAAGCAGCUUAUGUCAUUUUUUAUUACAUAAAAGUUGAAUGAACGAAUGUUUAAAAAAAAUCUACAUGACUGGUAGACUGAAUGCAACUAUUGAAUCUGUACGGGGCGUACGUAAUGAAUGUGAUAAAGUAAUUUUCGUAAUCGAGAUUAGAUGGGUAAGGAGAUGAUAUUCUUUCAUUGUAUAAAUAUUUUACUGCCCAGUUAAUAAUAAUUCGUAUGAAUAUGA